CUCAUAUAAGGCCUGGUUUAAAAACUGCCCUUUAGUUUUGCUUUUUGGUCAGAAAUUGCCUGUAUCUUCUUUUCACAGUCUGGCAAUGCCUGUGGAUUUCAGUGGAACCUGGAACCUUACCAGCAAUGACAACUUUGAAGGUUACAUGCUGGCCUUAGGUAUUGACUUUGCAACACGCAAGAUAGCAAAAAUGCUGAAGCCACAGAAGGUGAUCAAACAGGAUGGUGACUCAUUUUCUAUCCAUACCACUAGCACAUUCAGAGAUUACUUGCUCCAAUUCAAAAUUGGAGAAGAGUUUGAAGAAGAUAAUAAAGGUCUGGAUAACAGAAAAUGUAAGAGCCUCGUUACCUGGGACAAUGACAAACUCGUCUGUGUCCAGACUGGUGAGAAGAACAACAGAGGCUGGACUCACUGGAUUGAAGGAGAGGACCUCCAUCUGGAGCUUCGUUGUGAGAAUCAAGUAUGUAAACAAAUCUACAAGAGAGCUUGAAUAUGUGAGUAAUGGUUUCUAUAUGGAAAGACAGCUAUAAACAGGAGACCAUGGAUCAUCACUUCCAGCUGUGUUUACACAGAUAAGAAUUCUGGUUCCUUGUACCUGUUAACCCAAAUCGUCUGAUGUUUCUGGCUCAGGAAAUGUUGUCUGCUGCUGCCAGUGUUAAAAAUCUGAUUUUUGCUAAUAAACACUCAAAAAUAAACCAG